CCCGCAUGGUCACCCUAAUACCCGUGCCAUUGGAGUGCCUGACACUCAUAGCAUCCUGGGCCUUUCGGCUUAGCGCCUCCAGGCGGAAUAAAUAUCCAUCCGUCUACCCAGCCCACUUUGACUGAUUUCAACAUCACCACUUUCUGCCCUGCUUCCCGCCUGCGCAUGCAACAGACCAAGCAUACUUAACCAACCCCUCGUCGCAACGUCUGCUUCUCUCCUCCGCACACAAGGAAAUGACCAUCAAUGAUGGAGGUUUUUCAUUUACUUCCAAAUGAAGUACUGGAAAAUAUUGUCCUUUUUCUACCGGAAGACCAUCUCUCAUCCCUCGCCGGGACAUCACUGCUGUUUCUUUCGAUAGUCCGCCGACGGCGAUUCCGUUGGAUUCUCCUCACUGGGUCUACAAGCCGUCUCCUUGGUAUUCUGCAAGCAAAUCAUCAUUGCACGGCCCCGAACCAUGCUGCAGCACUCUGUUGUACAGGUCCGCGCGAUUACGUCCGAGAAAUUGAAGUUAGCAGCAUACUCGAGCCGGAUCUCCCUCGGAUCAAAGGUGUACUCUCCCGGGUCCCCAAACUGCGGCGUCUGGAGUGGAGAGGUCCAUUUCUUUGCGAAGACCUCCUCGAGUCAGUGGCCCGGUCGCCUAUCGAGGAUUUCCAGCUCUCUAUCGAUGAAAUUCCGAAAUCCCUACCCGACUGGAUGCGUGGUCGUUGCGCGUUCUACACAUCAAAGCCUCUUUCAGCAACAUGCAAAAAACCGUGGGAUCUAUCCUGCCGAUUCUCCGCCGGUGCGCCAGAACGAUGUGGCAGCUAUCUAUCCCAGUAUCGGAUGAGUGUCUGGAGGUAGUUGGGCAGAUAACUUCGCUCGACCACUUUCGGGUAACGACUCCUGCUUCUCCGGAGCUUUUACAGAAGUUCGUCGAAAUACUUCCGCGAAACCUCUCGUCCCUAGACAUCAAGUUCGUCGGAUCGAUAUCAAUGUCAUUGAUCGGGGCGAUUGCGAAACUACAGUCUCUCCAAACGAUUCAGUUCAGAGGCAAUGACUGGUCGGUUGACCACAACGUGAUUUCGGAGCUCUCCACCUUAAGAAGCUUAAGGACGCUUGGUGUCUAUGGAUUUUCGACUGGGAUAGAGUACUCGAAAAGGGGGG